AUGCGUCCAUAUUAUACCUCGUCGUCUGUUCCAUCCUCGCCUAUCACUAUUAAUACAUUUCAUUGUUUACAACCAAAUUCAUCGUCAUUCCAACCAAAAUACUUCCAGUCGUCAUCUCCACAGUAUGAUCUAUCGAAGCAAAAACCAAGUGAACAGUAUAACAGUAUAACUUAUAAUCGAAAUCAUCUUUAUCAAAAUGUAAAUCAUACAAAUUCAUCUUCUGGUCAACAUUUCUCCAGUCCAUCAAGUCAUCAUUUCAGUAGUUAUUCACAAUCGUCAAAUAUUCAGUCAUCCACACCAAAUCAUCCCUAUGAAUAUUAUCGGAAUACGUUUACACAUUCACAGCCGAAUAUUGCCAAUGAUUCAUCUUAUACUGUACAUGAAACAAGAAUCGGUUCAACACAAUCAAAUAUGAGUGAAAAUAAUGGAAUAGCACACUACAGUAGUCGAUCGGCUGUCAUGAAUACACAAUCACAGAUUCCACAGUCUCAAUUUCGGGAUUCUAAUAUGAACCAAACAUCAAAACGUCCUCGUCCUCCGCCUCCACCGCCUAGAAGUGGUAGUUGGACUAGUGGUAAAACAAUUGCUGUUACUUCCACUACAGUUGAUGAUUGUACAACAAAUCAACAUUGGUUAGGUAAGUAUGCUCGUGAAUCACCAUCGCCAUCACCAUCACCAUCUGUGUCAUCAGCAUCAUCGCUGGCAUCUGGUGCACAAAUGAAAAUGACCACCUGUUCAUCUGAUUCGACUACUGCUGGCAAUGUGAAUUAUUCAACUCAACAACAACAACAACAGCAGCAACAACAUUCUUGUAUUGCUCAUCAAAUGCAUAAUCCCACUAUUGGUUAUACUAAUAGUAAUACUCCGUAUACGCCACUCAUGAAUGGUUAUCCACAGGCAAAUCAACACCUGAACUACCAUAUACCAAAUCAUGAAUCUGGUGGUGCCAGUCGGUUAAAUGAUUAUUCAUCAUCUACGACGACGAAUAUACCAGUCGGAAAACAGCCUAUAACACAACGUCAAAGUCAACAUCCUUAUCAACAACCACAGUAUCAACAACAUCAAACUGGUGGAAUUCCUGUGUAUGGUCAAUUGUCUACUACAACUCCCUCUUCUCAGUAUCAAUUUUCAAAUAUCACACCUUCUGGGUAUAGAUCAAAUCAACUAAUUAACCACAAUAGUAAUAAUAGUAAUAAUAAUAAUUCUUAUGAAUACCAGUCGAAACAGUUAAUUGUCAAUAGUCGUAAAGAUGUCAUUGAAGCUCUGCUCAGUUUAUUGAUUUGGCAUCAUCCAGAAGCAAAUUUCACUGAGAAUAUGAAUCAAUCAGAAAUUCAGGCAUUUCAUGCCUUUUUAUCGAAUUGGCUGGCGAAAUCCGAUACAAACUGGUUAGCUAAUAAUAAUAAUACUAUUCAACAAUAUAUACCUAAUGUUUCACAAUCACCUCAACUUACAAAUACACAUGUAGCUCAGUGUACACGUCAAAUAUUAACACAUUUAAUUAGAAUAUUGUAUAGUGAUACUGCUUAUGAAGAAGUGGAUUCAUCAAUAAAUCAGACCGGUAAAGAAAUCGACGAAGAAGAAUAUAACAUGAAUGGUACUGAAAAUGAUGAGAAUCAUUCUGAUAAUAAUAAUAAUAAUAACAAAUCAAAUCACUUUGUAUCAUAUUCUUCCUCAUCUACUAAUGGUAUCGUUUCUCGUAGUCGUGUUGGUGGCGGUGGCAAUGAUGAUGAUGAUGGAUAUGAUAAAUCUUCAGUUUCAGUUUAUUCGUGUGAUGAAGAGACUCGAAUAACAAACGACGCUAACAACAGAUUACAACAACAACAACAAAAAUCAUCUGAUUAUUGUUAUUAUUAUUAUUAUUCGAAUACUACAAUGAAUAAUUCUACUCAUAGUAAUACAAAUAAUGAUAUCAAUCUGGGCAGAAUAACUCUGGCUGAUUCAAAGAAUCUAUUUCCUCCGAAUACUUCAUUGAUGGAGUUGAAAGUUGCUGCUAUGGAGGCUAUUCAUAAACUUGCUCCAUUAUGUCAACCAGAACCAAAGUUGUACGGAAGAGAUAUGAGUAUCAUUCAACUGUUGACAGCAAUUCAUAGUUAUAGUUUAAGUUUAAGUGAACGAAUAUCACAGACAAAUACAAAUACAAAUAGCAAUACACAAGUGAUGAAUAGUAAUGAUGAUAGUAACAGUGGCAAUGAGAAUAUUGUAAAUUCAUUAACUACAAAUAACUUGGAUAAAAGAACAAAUAAUCUUUCGUCUAUCAUUGAAUCAUGUGCUGCAUGUCCAGUGGCUGAAGUCGCUGCUCUUGUUCGUCUAUCCUUUGAUGCAAUGCAUCGAAAUGCUAUUUGUGAAUUAGGUGGUGUACAUGCUCUUAUCUCACUACUGCGUAUUGAACAAACCAUUUGGUCAGAAUACCUCAAUCCGUUUAGCAGUAACAACAACAAUAAUACUCCUCCAAUUAGUGCUACUACUACUAUUACUACUACUAAUACUAACACUGGCGUCAAUACUACAAAUUCCCUGAUAAUUGGCAAUCAAAAUGUUACAACGACAUUACUAGAGAAUAGUCUAGCGCUUCGUCGAUAUAUAUGUAUGGCGUUAACAAAUUUAACUUAUGCAACAAUUGAUAAUAAAGCAUUUAUAUGUCGACGUAUUGCUAAUUUAGAAGUAUUACUAGCACAAUUGGAGACAGGAAAUGAAGAAUUAAAACAGGUAUCAGCCAGUGUAUUACGUAAUCUUAGCUGGCGUACAGAUAGUCGGAGUAAAGCUGCACUUCGGCGUGUUUGUGCCGCCAAACGCCUAACAAUAGCGGCUAUGAGUGCACAAAAAGAAAGUACUCUGCGAACUACACUUAGUGCUUUAUGGAAUCUCAGUGCUCACUGUUCACAGAACAAGAAAGCUGUAUGCAGUGUGGAUGGUUUGCUCCCAUUCCUCUUAAGAAUGCUGCGUCUUCAAAAUCCUGUAGAAAAUUUAGUUAUCAUUGAAAAUAGUGGUGGUAUUUUACGUAAUAUCUCAACAAUUAUUGCUUCGCGUGAUGAUUAUCGGUCUAUUCUUCAUCAAUACAAUUGUUUCCCAAUCCUCCUGGAGUUAUUACGUAAUCCACCGAGUUUAACAGUUGUAGUGAAUGUGUGUGGUACACUUUGGAAUUUAACUUGUUCUUCAUUAAAUAAUAUAAUUCCCAAUGCCGGUAAUAAUGGUAGUAAUAAUAAUACCUCUGCUACUUCUACUACUACCACUACCAGUGCUGCUAAUACUACUAAUAUCGUAGUCAGUAGUCAUCAUGAUCGUCUACUUCUCCUACAACUUGGUGCAUUAGAAUUAAUUCAAAAGUUAACACAAUCAAAACAUGAUUUAAUACGUAAUAGUUCAAUGGCUGUUUAUCGAAAUCUCUUACAAACUGAUACAUCAAUGAAUCAGAAUUAUUUGCCGUCAUCGUCAUCGUCACAUAAUUAUAACCAGAAUUAUACAGAUACUACUGCUAAUACAGCUACUACUACUAAUUAUCAAGUCUCAGUAUUGAAUGUCUUCACUAGCACACCACAGAACAGUACUAAUAAUCAUCAGCAAACAUAUGAUGGUGGUUCAAGUAAUAAUAAUGAACAAAAUAAUUCAUCUUACCCUCCAGAGACAUCAUCAUUAGCAUCAGUAUCACAGACGACAACACCAACAUCAUCAGGUGAACAAAGCUCUUACAAACGUCGAGUUUCAUCUAGGUCAUGUAGACUUCGUUUCGGCUUAUUGUCGGUUGUUUUCGAAGCUGAAAGUGAUGAUGAAAUCGACGAUGUCGACGACGAGGAUGAUGUUGAUGAUGACAAUGACGAUGUCACUGAAGAAGAUGAAGUAGUUGAACAUGAUGAUGUAAGUGAAAAUGGCGGAGAAAAUCAUCAUCAUCAUCGUCAGGAGAGGGAACAAGUUGAGUAUGAAGCAGAUGAAAGUUUCCCUCAUCCUCCACAUCAUCAUCAUCAUUAUGAAGGUGAAUUAUCUAUGAAUCGUGAUCAUUUCAGUUGUCAUGAUAAUAAAAAUUCUGAAAGUUUAUGUGAUGCUGAAAUUAUGAUCUCUGAAUCAACGGAUCAUUUUCCUGCGCCUCCUCCUCAUCACCAUCAUCAUGCUCAUGAUCAUGAACACGUAUCGAAUUGGUGUGAUCAUCCGGUUAGUCAUGUGAAUGACACUGCACAAUUGAUGACCGAUGAAGAACAAACACGUGUAUACGCUGAAGAGGGGACACCGUUUCCACCAGACUCAACAACUGCAUCCUCUUUAGAGUUGAACCGCACAGAUGAAAAGAUUGUCCUGAAUGAUAAAUGCGAUAAAGUGUACAAUACUUCAAAUGAAACACAAAUAAUAUAUAGCAAUAAUAAUAAUAACAACCAUGAGAGCAAUAAUUAUAAUCUCCCGCUUACAAUGUAUCGCAAUGAUCCAGUACCUCAUGUCUAUGCUAUGGAAGGUACACCAUCGAAUUGUGAUAGUCAUCUUAGCCGUGAAGAUAGUAUACAUAAUAGUGAAAGUAGAUUGAAUGAAAUGGAUUUCAUAUCAUAUACUGGUACUAAUACUACCACUACAACUGCUGCUACUGCUAUUCCUACGACUACAACUGCUACACAUUGUGAAGCAGUUCACACUAUUGACGAUAACACCUAUCUGCCAUCACCACCGGCGGAUAUCUCUAAUCUAGUCUCACCAUUAACAUCAUUGAAUUUAGAAGAUUGUGAUAAAUAUGCCGGUUGUCAAUUCCCUAUGCCGCCUCCACCACCUCCACCUUCACAACCAUUGUCAAUAUUUCCCAUAGCCUGUAGAGAAUCAGAUGCAGAGGUUGUUUUCUCCUCGAAACAAACUCCUUUAGUCUUUUCACGUGGUACAUCAUCCUGCUUGUCUUCAUUAGACUUAGAAAUUCCAUUCCCUGGUGGUGGUUUCCAGUCAUCACCAGAUAGUGAAUAUUCAAAUCAAUUGAGAAGUAAUGAUCUUAGCAGUGAUGUAAGCGGUCAUUUCAGUGGUGGGAUUAGUAGCAAUAGUAGUAAUAGUAGUGCUAGUGCUUGUGAUCGUAAUGGUGGAAGUAGAAAUCAUAACAGAAAUUGUAAUGUUGAAAUAUACGCAAAUGAUAGUUGUUGUGUUGAAGGUGAAGAAGAUGAAGGUGAUGUUAGACUACCAUUCGCUGAAGAAGGUACACCACAAGAUGCUGUAUCGUUGAAUGGUGGUGGUGGGAACACUAAUCCUAUGUAUCUACAUUCACACACGCUUAAUCAGUCUGAGAUGAAGAGCAAUAUAGAUGGAAUGAUGAUGAAUAGGACUAUUUGUGAAGUAGGCGAUGGUGUCGACGUGGAUAUCGAGGAUGACGAUGAUGAGGAUGAUGAUGAUGAUGAUGACGAUGAAGAUGGGAAUAAUCAACACUCGGAAAUAUUACAACAAUGCAUUGCAUCAGCUAUGCCAUCGAAUAAUGCCUUCAGUGUAUUAUUAAAUCAUUCGCCUACUACUACUAAUAAUAAUAACAAUAACAAGAAUUUCUCUAAUCCUUCUGAUAUUCUGUUUAAUGAAACUGAUGAUUCAUUGAAAACUUUUGCUGUUGAGAAUACACCAUUCAGUAAUUCAACAAAGGCUAGUUCAUUAAGUGAUUUAAUCAUUUCAGAGCAUAAAGGAUUAGUGCAACAAGAGGAAGAAGACGAAGAGGAAGGAGAAAACAAUAUCGGAAAUGAUUCCAAUGCACAUUUACCUCAUCAUGCUUCUUUAUCAACAACAGAAAAUAUCAAUCUAAAUCAUGGUGGUAAUAGUUCAUCAACAUCAAGUUCCUUGAAUGGUGAUAAUUCAUCUGAUUUAUUAUCUGAAGUUAUACAAUCAGCAAUGCCUAAAUGUGCUGGUGGUGGUGGUGGUGGUGUUGGUCAACUAAGACUAUCUAAUCUAUGCUCAAUGAUUCAAGCAACGGAUGCUGAUACUGCCGCUGCUGUUGCUGAUGAUGAGGAGGAUGACAAUGAAGUUGAUGGCGAUUGUCUACAAAUGUAUGCACUUGAAGGAACACCAGGAGGUUUAAAUGACAACUUGUCAUAUUCCUCAUCUUUACCGAAUGAUGAAGGCGGCAGUAUGAUAUCGGAAACAUCGAAUUCUUUAUUAUCUAUGAUACCGAAAUCAUCAUGUCUAUUUCAACCGUUGAAUAAUAAUAAUAAUCAACCGCCGCCGACACCACCAUUGCGGACUACUUCAGCGUUGACAACUACCAGUUGUAGUAAUAGUAGUAGUCCAGAUCCAUUCGCUAAAGUAUCGGAUCUGAUGAGGCCAAGAGCAACAGUUGCACCUAUGCUACAGACAAAGUGUCAUUCACUUAAUUCACCGAUUGUUUCGCGUUCCCAAAAUAUGUCUGAACAAUCAUCGAAAUCAUAUCUACAUCACACUGAAAUUGAACGUAAUGAUGAUGAUGUUGAUGAUUGUAUCCUAAUGCCUAACUCCUCGUUACCAUCCUCAUCAUCUCCAUCGCAUUACACUGGAGGAGGAGAAGGAGGAGGAGCAGGAGGCGGAACAGUUGGAGGAGAUAAAGAUGACGCUAGUUCAUUUUCAUCGCUACUCAGUAUUGAAUCUGUUGGAAUGGAACACUCCUUAUUACAAGAAUGUAUAUCAUCAGCUAUGCCACGACCUAAGUCAAUAUCACUUCUACGAAAACAACAACACCAACAACCGCAUCAAUUUAGUCAACAACAACAACAAAAGCAGCCAUCAUCAUCAUCACCUCAACAACACCAACAACAACAACAUCAGCAAGGUGUUCAACUGAUGGAAGAGAAGUCUAGUCAUCAACCUAUUGACAGUGCAGAUAAUCAUAUGGUCAAUAGUCCAACACUGUCAUUGUCUAACUUGCAAGUUUAUAAACCAUCACAACCACCAGUAUCGAAGAAAUCGAGUCAAACACAAGCGAAAACACAACAGCAAACUUCUAGAAUACCAAGUCAUAAUGCGAAUAAAACUUAUACAAAGUCGAAUAAUUCAUUGCAAGCUACUGAUAACAGCAGCAGUAGUACAAUGCAUUUUUUAGAUCAUGGCUCCGACGAUGUACAACCGCCGUUGUGUCAGAAUACGAACUCACCGAUGACGAUGAUGAUGAUGAAGAAGCAUACACUGAAGACUAGCAGUACUGUUGCAACUAUUCCCACUGCUAAUCCUGCUGCUUCUACGAUUAGUACGACUGCCACUACGGCCACCUUCACUGUCAAUUACGGUGAUAAAAAUAAUAGUCAUAAGAGUAAUAAUACUAAUAAUCAUUUGCCGCAAGUGUUGAAUCAAGUUAGUUGUGCAUCAUUCGGAGCCAGAAUUCCUAAACCUUCCACCAAUGUAACUUUCAAUACAGUUAAAUCGUCAUCACAGUCGCCUACAGACAGCAAAAAAUCUCCUCAAUCUAUAACAGAGAAAACAAUUAAUGAAAUUCUACCAAAUCUUAGUAAACUUACAACUUCAUAA